AUUUCACAGCAGCAAAAAAAGAAGCAGCUUGGACGGAUGGGAUGGGGGAUUACAGGCCGUUAAUUUCGGUUAAAGCUAGGUGCAAGUUUCUUCUACCUUCGUGUGUGUGUGUAAUGAUGACGAUCAAAAGCUAAGAAUGAUAAAUUAUAUGAUGCAUGAGUCACUGAAAGAAUCCCCAAUUGUUCCAAUGAAGUUGCGUUCCACCUACUCUUUUAACUUUAUUCUUCCAUAUGGCCCCACCUCUCCCUCCCUCAUCUCCCUCUACAUUCCUUUCCUUUGCUUUUUCCACUCCCAUCAUUCCCUCCACCGCAUUCUUCCUCUCCGUACCAAUUAAUCACCCUUUCAUGGCCUCAACAAUUCACACCUGAUCACCUCUAGCGCAAGCUCAAGCUGAUUAAUCACUCAUCAAUGGCGAGUGUAGGUACUUUGUUCAACAAGUUUCUCUCAAUCUUUCUCCUCCUCCUUCAUCUGGGCUGCUUCUAUAUCGAAACCAAGGAUCGCCAACGCCGAACUAAGGUCUCUCCUCGCUCUUCCUCAUGCAUCUCCCCAUCUCGUUUUAAACCCCGUAAAGCAAUUUCUUCUUCUUGGACUUUUAUCAAACACCUUCUCUCCGCAAAAACAUGCACUCAAAAUCACCCCGCAUCACCGACGCAAACCUCCGCAAGAUCGUCUCAGCUGUCAAUUGUCUCCAUGGUCCCACUGGAGAUCCAUUUAUCCGAUCCUACUCCGCGUCAAAAACCGGCCGGGUCAUGCCAAGAAUCCGAUAUAUCCGCCGAUAACCCGUUCUUUCCUCUUCGAAACGACAUCUUUCCAUGCACAGCAUGUGGAGAAAUCUUCAAUAAACCGCCCCUUCUAGAACAACACCAAGCGAUCAAACACGCUGUGACAGAGCUCGUCGACGGAGAUUCGGGUAACAACAUAGUCAGAAUUAUAUUCCAAACGGGUUGGAUUUCGGGUAACGAAAAAAGUCCGGAGAUUCAUCGGAUUUUGAAGAUCCACAACAGUUCAAAGAUACUGUCGAGAUUUGAAGAAUACAGGGAGGUCGUCAAAGUCAAAGCCGCGCGAAACGGCGCCGUUAGAAAGAGAGACGAGAGGUGCAUCGCGGACGGUAAUGAGCUCUUGAGGUUCUCGUGUUCGACUUUCAUGUGUGACUUGGGACUUAACGGUGACUCCAGCCUUUGUAGCCAGCAAUACUGUACCGUAUGCGGGAUAAUCAAGUCGGGAUUCUCACCCAAGAUGGACGGAAUCUCCACGCUUUCUACUAGCUGGAGAGCGCACGGGUCGAUCCCAGAGGAUAUCGAGGAGGAGUUCAAGUUCAUGAAUGUGAAGCGAGCCAUGUUGGUCUGUCGAGUGGUGGCGGGUAUUGUCGGCUGUGAGUCGGAUGACGUGGACAAGGAGGAUGGCGGGUUUGACUCCGUCGUGGGACGAAGUGGCAGUGGGGCCCAUUCCAGGGUUGAUGAGGAGGAACUUCUUGUGUUUAAUCCUAGGGCUGUGCUUCCUUGCUUUGUGAUUGUGUAUACCGCGUGAGUUUUUAAUUACCUGUUCUUUUAAUUAAAAAUUUCCUUUGUUUAA